AUGUAUGAUCGAGCUCCCCGCUUGUUCAGAUUGGCUGAAGGUGGCAGCACUGAGGAGCAUGUGGGUCCUGGAUCCUACCAGGUACCUUUCCUGAAGCCACAGGCAACAGGUGGCUAUGCACCAUUCCUUUCUUUGGCUGCCAGAGAAAGUACUUUUACUGUUGCCUCUAACACUGAGAAAGCUGUUCCAGGGCCAGGACACUAUAAUGUUUCAGAAGCACAGAAAAUUUCAAGAGUACCACCUACAGUUUACAGAAGUGUUGAUGUUCCUUCAAUUCCUUCUUGUGGAUGGUCAUAUGGUUAUGAUAUUAAUGAGGAUGGCAGUAUUAAAAAACAUUCUCCACCUGCUAGUGACAGUACACUAGGUCCAGCAUACUACAAACCUCAAUUUGAUUUUUCCAAUACAACUUUGAAAUACAAGGGGAUACAUUUUGGCAACUCUUUGGGAAGACUCGAGUUACCUACAAAGUCAGGGCCUGGUCCUGGACAGUAUAAUAUAGUCCAGAAAAAGACACCUCAUUAUGAAAAUAUUAACAUCAAGAAAGAUCAACAACAAAAUUAUUGCUUAAAUCUCCCACGAUUUUAUGAAGUAAUAAUAUUACAGGAGGAAAAAAAGAGAUUUGUACCUAUCAAGUCAAUCACUCCAGCUCCUGGCACAUAUAAUGAACCUCGAACUGCUUUCAAUUCCUUGAAGAAAACACCAGCACUGAAAAGUACUCCAUUUGGUCAAAGUGCUGCUCGAUUCACACAGGACUCCAGGACAGAGGAAAUGCCAGGUCCUGGAUUUUAUAAUAUCCUAAACAAUACUAUAAUCAACAACUUUACCGAUACCUGCUUGAUGAAACAAAAGAAAAGUGCAUUUGGAUCUUCUGUUCCUCGGACUCUCUUCCUGGUUCAGGAAGAAGCUUUUACUUCUCCUGGUCCUGCUGAUUAUCAGGCUUUUUGGAAUUCACAGAUUGGUGGAAUUUCUGAUGAACUACCUAACUUGACUAACUGCUAUGCUGCUUUCUUGUCAAGAACACAAAGAUCUACUAAACUGUCAGAUAUGGAUAUUCCAGCACCUGGCAGCUAUGAUGUUCAAAAAUCAUAUGAAAUGUCCCAAGUUCAACAUAAAUACAUGCCGCCUCGUACUUUUGUGGCUAAACUGAAACAUGCCUCCUUUCUUAGCACAACUCCACGGUGCCUGCCGAAAAAGACUGAUGGGCCAGGGCCUGCAACAUAUGAUCCCGUUUUAAGGAAAUCUUGCUCCAUACCCUUAUUUGUUAAAGCAUCAAAGCGUUUUAAAGAUUCCAAAGAGAUAACUCCUGGUCCAGCGACAUACGAGGUUUGUUACUAA